AUGGGUUCUGCUUCUUCAACUUUGAAAGACAAUAGAGAUAUUGAGAAAUACUCAUAUACACAAGAUGAUAGGGAUGAUGAGAUCUUAAAUGAAAAAUUGGGUUCUGUUAAAAUCACGCCACAACAAAAAUCAUUAUCAAACGCUACUACCAGUAACACUAAACCUUCAGUUAAUAAAGAUGCUGAACCAAUUGUUUUAGAUUCAAUCAAUGAAUGGGAAACUAAGUUACUUUCUGAUAAGAAGAACUUGUUAACAAUCAAUGCAUUGGCACAUAAUUCGAUUGUUAAUGUUAUCAAAAACCAUAAGCAAUUAACUAAAGAUUCUGUUGAUAUUUGGAAUACUCAAGUUUCAAUUGAAGGUUCUCCAAUCACUUCACAAAAAUCAUCAGGUAGAUGUUGGAUUUUUGCUUCAACUAAUGUCUUUAGAACAUUUUAUCAAAAAAAAUUUGAUAUUGAAAGCUUUGAAUUAUCACAAGCUUAUCUUUUCUUUUAUGAUAAAUUGGAAAAAUCAAAUUAUUUGUUGAAUAACAUUAUUGAAACAGCUGAUGAUAAAUUAGAAUCAAGAGUUGUUCAAUCAAUCUUAUCAAAUGGUCUUAGUGAUGGUGGUCAAUGGGAUUUUAUUGUUAAUUUGGUUAAUAAAUAUGGGUUAGUUCCUAAAUCUGUUUAUGAUGAUGAUUUCCAUGCUCAAAACUCUUCAGCUUUGAAUUAUGUCUUGGUUAAUAAAUUAAGAGAGUAUUCUAUUGAGUUAAGAAGAUUGAUUAAUGAAGAACAUUUAUCAAUUCCAGAGGUGAACAAAGUUAAAGAAAAACAAUUGAAAGAAGUUUAUAACAUUUUGGCAUUAUUGUUAGGUCCUGCUCCAAAAGCAUCUGAAACAUUCACUUGGGAAUAUAAAGAUAAAUCUAACAAGACACAUAUUGUUAAGACUACUCCAUUAGAUUUUGCAAGCUUAGUUGAUUUACGAAUUGAUCAAACAUUCUCAUUGAUUAAUGAUCCAAGAAAUCCAUAUAAUAAAUUAUAUACAGUUGAUAGAUUAAACAAUGUUAUUGGUGGUAAACCAAUUGAUUAUGUUAAUGUUGAAUCAUCUGUUCAAAAACAAGCAAUUGUUGAUUCAUUGAAGGAUAAUCAACCAGUUUUCUUUGGUUGUGAUGUUGGUAAAUUCCAAGACAAUGGUGUUUUGGAUACUGAAGCAUUUGAUUAUGAAUUAGCAUUCAAUACCAAGUUGAACUUGACAAAAGAACAAAGAUUAAAAGUUGGUUCUUCUGCAAUGACACAUGCUAUGGUUAUCACUGCUGUUCAUAUCGUUGAUGGUGAAAUUCAAAGAUAUAAGAUCCAAAACUCGUGGGGUGAUGCCGCUGGUAAUAAAGGUUAUUUUGUUGCUACAGAUAAAUGGUUUGAUGAGUAUGUUUAUCAAGUUGUUACAAGUACCAAAUAUGCACCAAAGAAUUUAACAGAGAUUUGGAAGAAAGGUGAUUAUCAAGUCUUGCCAAUCUAUGAUCCAAUGGGUGCUUUGGCUUGA